AUGGAUGAUUUAGCAUGUGACGGAACUGAAAACGAUUUGGGCGACUGUAAAUUUGCUGGAUGGGGAAAAACAAACUGCGGCCAUGGCCAGGAUGUUGGUGUUGAUUGUGGUGCUAAGAUACGACUCGUUGGUGGAAUAAGCGAAGCACAGGGAAGAGUAGAAAUUCACCAUAACGGACAAUGGGGAACUAUUUGUGAUGACUCCUUUGAUACAAAAGAGGGCACAGUAGUUUGUCGCAUGCUUGGCUUUGAUGAUUCAUAUGCAAAAGUGUUACCUGGUGCACAUUUUGGACAAGGAUCUACAAACAUUCUCAUGGACAAACUGUCAUGUGUUGGGACAGAGACUGAUAUUUCCUAUUGCAAUUUUGGAGGAUGGAACAAUACUAACUGCACUCAUUACCAUGACGUUGGUGUUGAUUGUAGAAUUCCAGUUCGCCUCGUCGGAGGUAACACAGCUAGUGAAGGAAGGCUUGAAGUUCGUUUCGAGGAGCAAUGGGGAACUGUAUGUAGUGAUGGAUUUGAUAUAAAUGACGCACGUGUUAUCUGUAAAUCCUUGGGAUAUGAUAUUGCUCAACCGGAAAUUACAAACAAGUAUGACCAAGGUAUUGGUAGUGUAAUGAUGGCACGUCUAGGCUGUACUGGAACAGAGCACAGCUUGAGUGAUUGUGCAUUCAUUAAUGGAAAACAAUAUAACUGUGGACAUGGGAAAGAUGUUGGACUAAUAUGUAAAACGCGGAUAAGACUUUUUGGUGGUGAUAAUCCAUCAGAAGGUAGAUUAGAAGUAAAUCACAAUCAAAUAUGGGGAACCGUGUGCAGUGAUGAUUUUGAUCAGGCAGAUGGUAGUGUAGUGUGUUCUAUGCUAGGAUAUAACACAACAAAUCCUCGUAUAUGGACAAGAAAUUAUACGGGCGGUUCUGGUAGUGCCUGGAUGAGCAAACUUAAUUGUUAUGGUACUGAAGAUGAUAUAGCCUCUUGUUCUUUUCCUGGAUGGGGCAAGGGUGGCUGCCAGUCUUCAAAAUAUGUUAACGUUGGUUGCGGGAUUGGAGUACGCCUAGAAGGUGGUACUGUUCCAAACGAAGGAAGAGUCGAGGUAUAUCAUCAGGGGCAGUGGGGCACAAUGUGUGAUGAUGGAUUUACUGUGAAUGAUGCUCGAGUCAUCUGUAGAAUGCUUGGUUUCGAAACAAAGAUUAUUACCAACUAG